UCUUCUAAAAUAAAAAAAAUUGGUUUUUAAAAAUUAUCAAAAAUAACACGCAUACAAAAACUUUUCAUUCAUAAUAGACUCAACAAAGAUGCUCAUAUAAUAUUAAAAAUAUUAAAUUUAAACUUAUGUUAUAUCUAAGCUAAACUAUUCGACACCCUUAAAAUACAUGAAAUUAUAUUAUUGAAAAAAAAAAUCCAAUUGGAAUCUCAAAAUGGCUGAUAAAAAUAUGACGGAUCCCAAUACAAAAGCACAGAAAUGGAAAUAUUACAAAAAUGUGGUAGCGCUCAGCGCUUCAUUUUUCUUGUUAUUUUCGGCCUUUCAAGCUGUUUCCACUCUUCAAACAAGUAUAAACGCUUUCAAAGGACUUGGUUCUACUUCAUUAUCUAUCAUAUACGGAUUCUUUAUCAUUUCAUGCCUAUUUUUACCCGAAUUACUUAUAUCUUUCCUAACUAUCAAAUGGACACUCGUCUUGUGCGUCCUAAUGUACACCAGUUUCAUUAUAGCUAACUUUAAACCAGCAUGGUACACCCUUUUCCCAACUUCGGCCCUCUUGGGACUCGCUGCUGGUCCACUGUGGACUUCUCAAUCGGUCUAUAUAACUGCUAUGGGCAAGAAAUUAGGCCAAUGCCUCUCAAGGGACAAACAGAGUAGUAAGAAAAGAUCGGAUACCUCUCUUUUAUCCCCAACUGAACCUUCAAAAUCGAUGAAUUCUUCCAUGAAUAGUAGUUCUAAUGAAAUUGUAGAUACUGUAGGAGUAGGAAAAGGAACAGGUGAAAAUAACGGGAAAGCGGCAGCUAUAGCACCUUUCUUAUUCGGAAUAUUCUUCGCCUUCUUUCAGACGGGAUCCUUAUUGGGCCAAUUAAUUUCUUCGCUCACAUUGAAGAGCGAUUUCGUGUCGGCUGAAGAUCAUAACAAUAGCAAUUCCAACCAUUCCUUCCAUUGUGGUUCAUCUUUUUGUUCUAAUCAAGACUCAGGGGGUUCUAUUUUUAAACCUUCUCAGCGUAAAAUAUAUACUCUGUAUGCCGUUUAUACCGCCUUGUCCCUUUCAGCUGUUUUGGUAGUCUCAAUUUUUUUGGAUAAUCUGCCGAGGCAAUCCGUCAAAGCUGACAGCUAUGAUGAAGAUGAUUCAAAUGGGAAAGGUGUUAAGAAAAGGGGUUCCAUUUGGUCAAUGUGUUUCGCCACUUUGAAUCAGAUGCGAGAUCCGAGGCAAAUAUGCUUGAUUCCCUUGUCUAUUUACAGUGGGCUGCAGCAAGGCUUUAUGUCGGCCGAUUUCACAAAAGCAUACGUAGCCUGUUAUUAUGGCGUAGGUUACCUGGGUUUCGUGAUGAUGGUAUAUGGAGCAGUUAACGCGAUAGUGUGCCUCAUUUCAGGUUACCUGAACAAGAAAAUAUCUCGCUGGCCGCUAUUUUUAACGGCCGCUAUAAUCCAUUCCUUUCUGGUUUUUCCGAUUCUGGCUUUCUCUAAACAAGCUUUCGCUACCCACUUCUACCUUAUGUUCGUCGUUGCGGGUUUAUGGGGAUGCUUUGAUGGUAUUUACCAACCACAAAUCAAUGGUUUAUAUAGUUCGUUAUUCCAAAACAAUCCUGAACCAGCUUUCGCCAAUCAUAGACUAUGGGAAUCCUUAGGGUUCAUAAUAAGUUUCGGUUAUCACGAUGCUCUAUGUAUCAAAUUUAAACUCAUUUUCAUGUCCGUCAUGCUCGUUUUGGCUACCAUCUCUUACAUCGUUUUGGAGACCAGAGUCAAAAAUAGAGUGUCAUAAAAGAAAUUAAUUAUUUAUCACCGAACAUUUUAUUUAAUGAUUUUAAUACUAUGGAAAUUUAAUCAAUGAAACCUGCAAAAUAAUGAUGAUAUAACAAAAUAUUUAUGAAAAAUUAAAAAAAUUUAAGGCAGCAUUCCAAUUUAAAUCUGUAUCGUUUAAUUAAGAUUUCAUCCAAUGAUUUUUUUGGCCGAAAUUCAUAGAUAUUGAUUUACCAAUAUAUAUAUAUAAAUUCAAAUAUCCUUUUUUUAAAAUAGUGAUUUUACAUUGAUUAAUUGUGAUAUAAUAGUUAUAUUAUAUAUAUAU